GAGUGGAACUCAGGUGCAUGACUGUCUACAUCUCAGUGAGGGAGGAGAGAUCAGCACAGCAAAGUUAUGGGAGGAUUGUUUUCAAAAGCCCCUCCUCCUCCUCCUUCUCCAGUAAAAUUACUUGAUCCACCGUGGAGGAAGCACUUUAACUGGGGAAAUAAAGAGGACGAUCUACAGUAUGUGAACAGCUACAAGCCUCAGACUGAAGGACAGCAGCUCAGGAUUCUUCUACAAGGCCCAAUUGGAGCUGGAAAGUCCAGUUUCAUCAACUCUGUUAAAAGUGUCCUACAGAACAGACCAUGCACCGAGUCUCCUGUCCAAAGCACCUCCCAUUCAUCUUGCACAAAAAAGUAUAAAGCCUUCAAGAUAAAAAAGGGAGACUCAAACUGCCCUUUUGUCUUGAAUGACAUGGCGGGACUGAACGCCAGCAGCAGAAAAACCAGACAGUUGCAUGUGAAGGACGUCAAACGGGCCCUGAAGGGACACAUCAAAGAAGGUUACAGGUUCAAUCCUGAAUGUAAACUGUCCAAAGAUGACCGACACUACAACAGCAGUCCUUCAGACAGCGACAAAGUGCACAUUCUGGUUUUUGUCAUUGAUGCCAGCACUAUAUCUAGCAUGAAGCAAGAGAACAUGGAGGUAAUCGAGGACAUCAGAGAUGAAGCAAAUGAAAUGGAGGUCCCACAAAUAGUAAUUUUCACCAAAGUUGAUGAGGCCUGUCCGAAGAUCAGCAGAGAUAUCAGGAACGUCUACAAGAGCGUAUCUCUAAAGGAAAAGAUUUCUAAGUUCAGCACAGACACGGGGAUCAACAUUGACAACAUCUAUCCAGUGAAGAACAUCCACUCAGAAUCUGACCUGAAGGACGGCGCUGAUGUUCUAAUUCUGCACGCCCUCAGACGCAUCAUCGAAAGAGGAGAUGACUUUCUCAACAAACCCUAAAUCCAGAUGUUUUCAGUUUACUGAGUUUAUUUCUAGUUUCUUUUUCUUUCUCAGCUUUUUAGCUGAGAACCACCUCUUCCACACUAACCUCUGUUCAACAAGGUGCAUGAGCACACAGGAAAGGUAGGGCAGGGGCCAGUUAAGCUAAGAGAUUUGAUUGGUCAAUCCAGUGUCGGUAAUGAAGAUGAAUAAGAGGGCCGCUGUUAGUGUUUUACAAAUGCAGGCCUGCACAUGGUCAGAGCGGUCUUCCAGGGAGCAUUUCAAACAUGCCAGGAGCAGUCACAGUUCUGCAUGAAAUGAUGACUCUGACAGAGCUGAGAGCCAAACUCAAAUCAUUUUAUUCUUUUUUUUAUAUUGAACUUUUUGAUCCCAGCUUUUAUAAUCAGUUAUAUAUGACAUUAGUAUUCAGUGUAUGUGUGGUGUCUAAAACAUGUUUCCUCUGCUCUGAUGAGUAAACACAACUUAAUGAAAUGAACACCUUAGUGUUAAAUUUGAUAGAAAAAUGUUUGUAUGUUUAAACAUUAUGGAUCCAUUAAUAAAGCUGCAACAAGCUGA